CAGAUGAGAGGUGUAGUGAAAUGUUAUAAAAAGAACAAGAAAGCCAUGGGAAGGCAAAAUGGGCUAAUUUUCGGGAAUAACAAGCUCUUGACUCUUCAACAUUCCUGCUCUCAGAACCUCUUUUAUACUCAAGUUGACCAGUUUCAAACAAAUGCGCUUAUUUACUCACGGAAUUGAAUGAAAAUAUAAGAGUCACGUGCAAUCCUUUUGUCACAGUUGUGCACAACAGGAGCCGAUUUCCACGAAACCAGAAGUUCGACCACAGAAAAGAGACAUCCAAAAUGGAAGGCACCGUGAAAAUGAAAUUAUGGAUCGUCCUUUCGUUGACCAGUGCAAUGAUGGCUGUAAUCCUGGCAACAGCGUGCACAUUUGUAUGUUUCAGCUUGAUAAAUAAAGUGGAAGAAUGCAACCAGAAAAUCGAAACUUUGGAACUCCAAGUUCAGGCCAAAAGAAAGAGGCUCGAAGUUGAUGAAAUUCAGCAGGUUUUCAAUCAAUUUGUUGUCGGUUCGAGAGCAAAGCGCCAUGUACAACGACCUACCUCUCCAAACGAUUUCUUUCUUACCCUUAACACAUUGUUUGGUUCCUAUCUUAAACACUACAAAGAUGAAUUGUACAGAAACUGCUUUUAUAACAAUACCGUCACUUGCAUUCAAGGAGAAAAGGGCCUACCGGGGCCUCGCGGGUUGAAAGGCGAUCUAGGACAAGAAGGGAGGCGUGGAGUGCAAGGACCGCCAGGGCCGCGUGGUCCAAAAGGGCUAAAGGGAGAUCCUGGAAUACGUGGACCGCCUGGUCCUACUGUCGACGUGCCAGUUAUAUCUCUACCGCCAGAGAAAACCGAAAUCUUCGAAGGAGAGUCUGUUAUGCUUUCAUGUGAGGCGAGUGGGUAUCCUCUCCCAUCCAUAGUUUGGUUUCACAAUGGUAAAAGAGUUUUGUAUAAUAAUACACGGUAUCACAAAACGAACGCAACUCAUCUUGAAGUACAGAAUGUAUCAUCGACAGACCACGGAUAUUUUGAAUGCUCAGCCAUCAACUUUAUGGGCGAGGCAAGAAGUAAGGCAGCGUUUUCUGUUCUUGUCCCACCUAAGGUGUAUAUUUUUGAAAACCAAAUUGUCAGUUCUGUUGGAGAUCAGCUGAAAGUGCACUGCAAUGUGACUGGUUUUCCCCUGCCCAGUAUCACAUGGCGUAAGGUGGAUGGUCGUCUGUCAGAAGAUGCAGUGGUCUUCCAAAACGGUUCUCUAUUAAUAGGUAGCCUGAAGAUGAGCGACGGUGGGAUGUACAAAUGCUUUGGUGAAAGCCCAAUCGGCAAAUCACAUGCAUCAAUGAUUCUUGUUAUUCGUCCGUCUGGCCAAGGAUUGUUUAGACGUGGCUGCGGCGGCCGGUUAUCGGGGCGUUUGGGAGUGUUUUCAUCACCAGGCUACCCUUCUGGUAACUAUAAUGGUCCUUACUCUUGUUCCUGGACGAUUACUGGCACACUUUCCCGUCUACAGCUCCGCUUUGUCCAAACCGAUAUGAAUUAUUACAGAACCAGGUUAACUAUAAGGGAGUAUGGACCAUAUGGUCGCGCCUUACAUUCAUCACGUGGCAGUUUGGGUCAGUCAGUUUUCACAUCAAGAGUCAAUACAUUGUAUGUCGAAUUUAGCUGGGACCCAUAUAGCGGGAAACAAGGAUUCCUAGCGAUGUGGGAAUCACUGCUUUGAAAACUGAUCUAUGGAUGUAGGGGGCUAGUUGAUUUAGGACAGCAAUGUCGACCACCUGCCUACAGCUCAGGACAGCAAAGUUUAGUUGUUUAUCUAUAACUUUAUGAAACCUUUUUCAUUUGCCCAUUGAAAUUGUUAUUUUAAACUUUUUCAGAAGGCUCUUCCAAAGAUAGAUCUAGUUAAUUGAUUGAUUUGUUAGAAAACUAAAAUUAUUAUGUCAGUUUUCUGUAGGGUAUGUUUGUGACAGUAGUUUAUGAUUAGACAAAUGUUGUGAACUGUUUAGAACACCUUAUGGUUA